AUGCAUCUAACUGUUGGUGAGCUUCAUCAUCUGUCUGCUUUUGAGUUGACUCAACAGUCACCGCAUCUCUCUGUUGGUGAGCUUCAUCAUCUGUCUGCUUUUGAGUUGACUCAACAGUCACCGCAUCUCUCUGUUGGUGAGCUUCAUCAUCUGUCUGCUUUUGAGUUGACUCAACAGUCACCGCAUCUCUCUGUUGGUGAGCUUCAUCAUCUGUCUGCUUUUGAGUUGACUCAACAGUCACCGCAUCUCUCUGUUGGUGAGCUUCAUCAUCUGUCUGCUUUUGAGUUGACUCAACAGUCACCGCAUCUCUCUGUUGGUGAGCUUCAUCAUCUGUCUGCUUUUGAGUUGACUCAACAGUCACCGCAUCUCUCUGUUGGUGAGCUUCAUCAUCUGUCUGCUUUUGAGUUGACUCAACAGUCACCGCAUCUCUCUGUUGGUGAGCUUCAUCAUCUGUCUGCUUUUGAGUUGACUCAACAGUCACCGCAUCUCUCUGUUGGUGAGCUUCAUCAUCUGUCUGCUUUUGAGUUGACUCAACAGUCACCGCAUCUCUCUGUUGGUGAGCUUCAUCAUCUGUCUGCUUUUGAGUUGACUCAAAAGUCACCGCAUCUCUCUGUUGGUGAGCUUCAUCAUCUGUCUGCUUUUGAGUUGACUCAAAAGUCACCGCAUCUCUCUGUUGGUGAGCUUCAUCAUCUGUCUGCUUUUGAGUCGACUCAAAAGUCACCGCAUCUCUCUGUUGGUGAGCUUCAUCAUCUGUCUGCUUUUGAGUCGACUCAAAAGUCACCGCAUCUCUCGCUUGGUGAGCUUCAUCAUCUGUCUGCUUUUGAUUCGACUCAAAAGUCACCGCAUCUCUCUGUUGGUGAGCUUCAUCAUCUGUCUGCUUUUGAGUCGACUCAAAAGUCACCUCAUCUCUCUCUUGCUGAGCUUCAUCAUCUGUCUGCUUUUGAGUCGACUCAACAGUCACCGCAUCUCUCUGUUGGUGAGCUUCAUCAUCUCUGCUCACUCAAAACCCACCUGCCCCCUCCUCUGUUGGAAGUCGUCGGCGAGUCGCUGCAUGGUGUUGGCAGCAAUGGUCAUGCUGCUGCCCACCACGAUGCCCCCGAUGGGAAUCACAAACCGCGGCCGCAGCCGAACCACCUGAGAAGAAGGGGGGGAAUGGGCGUGGUGGCGUGA